AUGCCAAAGACGGACGUUCUCAUCGCCGGCUCUGGCUCUGCUGGUAUCUUUGCAGCAACCUGGCUCGCGAUUUUCGAUAUACCCUUUACCAUUCUAGAGAGACGAUCCGGGCCGUUAGAGAUUGGUCAAGCAGAUGGCGUUCAAGUCCGUACAGUAGAGAUUUAUGAAUCAUUCGGUCUAUCAGAAGAGCUGUUGCGAGAAGCGUAUCACAUACUGGAAGUGUGCUUUUGGGGGGUCGAUGAAGAUGGCAGCGGGAAUGCCGAAGGCGGUAUCAAGAGGAAGAGCAGAUCCAUUGACACCGAGAAAGGAUUGAGUCACCUACCUCAUGUGAUACUCAACCAAGCUCGUAUGAAUGGUUUGAUGCUAGGAAAGAUGGAGAAUGUGCUGAAAGAGAAGGGGAAGUGGAAAAAAGGUACAAGCAAUGGCAUCGAGUACGGAUGGGCUGUCAAAGCUGUGGACAUUGACGAGAAGAGCAAGAACAACCCAGACGCGCAUUGCGUCAAAGUCACUGCAGAGAAAGAUGGGAAAGAGGAAGUCUGGGAAGCAAAGUACGUCCUAGGCUGCGAUGGCGCGCAUUCCACUAUCCGAAAAGCCCUCGAUAUCCGCAUGCUGGGCGACACCUCCGAUACCGUCUGGGGUGUUAUGGAUAUCUACCCGCUCACAUCCUUUCCCGACAUUCGUCGUAAAUGCACCAUACACAGCGCAGCUGGCAACCUGCUCAUCAUUCCGCGCGAGGGCGGCCAGCUAGUGCGAUUCUACAUCCAACUUCCCGCAGGCGUACAUCCCAAGGAAGUGAAACUGGCCGAUUUGCAAGACCAGGCUCGAAGAAUCUUUGCGCCGUAUACCAUGGACUUUGCAGACGUGUUCUGGUGGAGCGCAUAUAGUAUCGGGCAGCGUCUUGCUUCUGCUUUUCAUGCUCACAACCGCGUCUUCCUGACUGGCGAUGCGUGUCACACGCAUUCUCCAAAAGCAGGCCAAGGAAUGAAUGUGUCACUCCAGGAUGGCUACAACAUUGGCUGGAAGCUAGGAUCCGUCCUAUCCGGUCUCUCGCCUCCAUCUCUGCUUUCGACGUACGUCUCCGAACGCAGCAAGACUGCAGCCGAUCUCAUCGCAUUCGACAAAGAGCUCGCCAAAAUGUUUAGCCGCAAGGAGAAAUACGAAGGUGAGUUUGCCGACUACUUCACUAAGAGUGGGCGUUAUAUGGCGGGCUUUACCGCGAGAUACGAAGACUCCAUGGUCACUAGUGGAAUGCGGAGCGAUGGUAGUAAGGCCACGGCAGUGACGGUGGGGAUGCGCUUUCCGAGUGCGCAGGUAAUACGAUUUUGUGAUUGCAAGGCUGUGCAGUUGCAAAGUGUGCUCAAGAGCGAUGGAAGAUGGCGAGUCGUCGUGUUUGCUGGGGAUGUCAACCAAGCGGCGCAUCAGAGGCGAUUGGAUAAGCUAGCGAAAGCUCUCGAUUCAACUGCGCGUCGAUAUACAUCCACGGCAAAACACAUCGACAGCGUUAUCGAACCUAUCCUCGUACUGAGUAGCGAGUUGCGCGACACUGAACAAGAACGCAUACCAGGCUACUUCUGGCCCAAGAGUGGAAAGUGGGGUAUACGUGAUCUCCAUAAAACAUAUCUUGAUGAUGAACAUUACAAUUCUGGCCAUGGACACGCUUACAAGAUUUACGGGGUUGAUCCGAAUGUGGGCGCUGUAGUGAUCGUAAGGCCAGAUCAACAUGUUUCGGUGGUGACAACUCUCGAUGACUUUGAUGGUGUUGCGAAGUUCUUUGCAGGGUUUUUGAUCGAGCAGGCACCGAUGAAAAGCGUAGGUGCGAGCGCGAAACUAUGA